UAUUUUAAUAAAUAAUUUUCGUUAACUGUGGUCCGCAGCUGUAUCCCUUCUUGCAAAAACCUGUAGAAUCCCCUACAUUAAGUGUUGUGGUAGCGCCCUCUGUCGGACGAAGAGAGCUUCGUAUGGCAACUUCAGCUCAUUAACUACAGAUAUAGCACAGGUGAUGCGGGAACUUCUUCGUUUAUGUCUUAAAACUAACAACUGACAACAACAACGUAGAAAAUGCGUGAUCAGAAACUGAAAAUGAGUAGUUACAGUCUUCUGAUAUUAAUCUAUUUGAUAGGAUGGAUAAACAGUUUGGAGAGAAACAGAAAUGUUGGACCAGCAUCAGCAGGCUCUGGUCGGGAGCGCAUGGCUUUCUUCGCUUUACGCAGCUGCCAUCAGCUCCUGCGUGGUGACAGUGGUGAGUUUUUCUCGCCGGACUUCCUGUGCUCGAACCCGCAUGUGUGGUGCAACUGGACCGUGCAGCUGCCCCCAGGUAUGCAUGUGGAUCUGUACCUAGAGGACCUGACGCCGCCAGACGCCUGUCACCUGAAGAGCGACCAGAUCCACCUGGAGGAGUCUCCGCCGGCAGCCGGGGGGCAGCGGGUGCUGCAGGGCUGCUGGAGGUCCGCCCGGUACCUGUCCAUCUCCAACAUACUGCAGGUGGUGCUGCUCGUACACAACAGCCACAUGCGUGUGCCAUACCGGGGCUUCUAUGCACGCUAUAGAGCGUUCAACCCGCAGGACACAGCAGAGCAGGAAAAGGAGUGGGAAAUUCCUCUAGAGGUGAUAGAGGCUGCUUUCAGUGAUGGAGACGAAUCCUCUGCAUCUCCAUCCUCUCCAUCCGCAUCCACACAAGUCCCAGACCGCACCACACCGUCCAAUCAGCUUCCAAAGCCCAGCAGGGAAUCCUGGGAAAAUACUGAGCCACAUUUAGCUCCCCGCAGUCAUCAAGAAAACGACAAUGAUAACUUUUUCUCAGUGUCCCAGAAGCUGCAGCCGACUCUGGUUGGCUCCGGGUUCGAGGCGGCAUUCGGGAUCAGCACAUACACACACAUGCCGGACUCUCGCUCUCUGUCCGCCCAGCGCAGGAAUGCAGAGACUGCGCCAGCAGCGUCUGAUGGAGGACGAGAGGAUGGACGGAGAGAUGAAGAAGAUGAUGAUAAUGAUGAAGAUGAAAAUGAUGAUGUGUUUAUGGAGGCCGAGAGAAGCGUCUCAAUGCCGGUGCUUUCAGAUGUUCAGCCCAAACUACACUUCACGUCCACAGAGGAUGCCCGUUACCAUCAAACUACACGAAACAUCAGCAGCAGCAGACAUUUACCUGGAGAGCUGCUGUUGGAGGUGGGUGUGGAAGUCAGUCUGAAACCUUCAUAUCUUGAAGAUUCACCUUCACUCACAUCUGCUCUGGACAUGAUGAUACGAGACGCGUUUGUCCCUCUCCCUCUGAAGACGCUGGACUUUAAAAGACUGAAGAAGUUGAGUUCUGGUGUGUUGUUCAUCGUGUGGCUGUGGUUGGAGAAGGCAUCGGUGGAGGAUCUUCAGUUUGCUCUGCAGGAGCUUCAGCAGCUUCACCACAAAACUGUCAAAUCACAAACCAGCGACACUCAGGGGCUCAUUGUGUCUAUUUCAACUGAAGACAUCAAUGAGUGUGAGACUCAUAUGGCGGUGUGUGAUGCUGAGGCCGAGUGUGUGAAUCAGUUCGGAUCCUACUCCUGUCGCUGUCUACAUGGUUACAGAGAGGCUCAUGGGAAUGGAGAGAGCAUUUGUGUAAAAUCUGCUGCUCCUGACUGUAGUGGGAUGACAUCAUCUCCAUCAUCAGCAGCAGCAGCAUCUCCCACAAUCCUCCGGGGCAUUUAUGCUGUCUGCGGGCUGCUCCUGUUGCUCAUCCUGCUGUCUCUGCUGGUCCUUUUAUAUCUCUACCGCCGGUAUCAUCGAGGGAAAUUCAUGCUGCACUGCCAUAAAGCCAGCGUUCACAGUGUUGUGGAAAACACCAAUAACAAUAACACUGGAAAUGAUGACCCGUCCAUAUUCCCUCCUCCACCUCCCCCACCCAUGAGGAUGCCCAGAGACGGGCCGCGCUCGCUGGACCUUCCCUUACUGCGCUUCAGCUCUCUGGUGCCGUCUGAUGGCUUCAGGAGUAAAAUACACAGCGAGAAAUCCCAGUUCUGAGUCUCUACACUGCACUGAUGUGUGUGUGCUGAAGAGAUCUUGAUUUAUCUGUGUGUGAUCGUUUCUUCUGUGGUGAAUAAUUGACUUGUUUAUGGUUUGCUCUUGUAUAUUGGUUGACAGAAGACUUUGACUCUUAAAAAUAGAACUGAACGCAACUCUGUGCUCGUUGUACCUUUACUUUGGUUUUAAUGUCAGAAAUAUGUGAUGGUGUUGAGUUAUUGCCAUAAUAUUUCUGAUGAUGCAAAGCUAUUAUGAUUUUACUGUUUUUUUUUAACUCGUUUUGCCACAAAUUUCAGAACCCUGGUGUCAAUUUUCUAAACUCCAGACACAAAAAUCACAACCACUGGCAAAUUUGCAAUGUUUUUUUUAAAUGCUUGGAUACAAUACUCACAGGUCAAAGAUACUGUGUUCAAUGAACUAAAUCCACCUUUUCACUAGAAAACAAUUAAACAUCAAAUUGAUCCCAUUUCAAAAUGCAGCUCCCACAUUACAUUUAAACCGGGUUUCUGCAGGUUUCACUGUUAAAUUUAAGACUUUAAGACGUUUAGGACCAUUAUGAAUGGAAUUUUAGACCCAUUAAAGGGCUAAAGAUUAAGAAAUUUUCCAAAUGGCACAGAUGGAAAUAACUUUUAUUUGCUCUAUCAAAAAAAUAUCAUUUAAUACAUUUAAUAAUACAUUAAUAUUAGUUAAAUUAGAUUUUUUAGCAAAAUUAUUGUGUAAAGACAAGCGAGCUCCAGUUGUGUCAAUACACUUUCAACAUAAACUUUGAAAAAUGAACAAAUGUUUUAAGUUUUAAAAACUCUAAUUUCUCAAUUCAAUUCACCUUUAUUUGUAUAGCGCUUAUACAAUGUAGAUUGUGUCAAAGCAGCUUCACAUAAAAGUUCACAGUAAAUAGGAACAGUGUAAUUCAGUUUGUAGUGUUUAAGUUCAGUUCAGUUGAGCUCAGUUCAGUGUGGUUUAAUAAUCACUACUGAGAGUCCAAACACUGGAGCAAAUCCAACGAUGCGCAGCUCUAUAGAUCCCAAACCAUGCAAGCCAGUGGUGACAGCGGAGAGAGAAAAAACUUGAUGAAAGUGAAGAAAAAAAAAACCUUGAGAGAAACCAGGCUCAGUUGGGCACGGCCAUUUUAAUUUCUCCGCUGGCCAAACGUCUUGUGCAGAGCUGCAGUCUCAGCAGCGGAGGCUGGAAGCUGGACUUAAUAAACUAAGUCUGUGCACAACAAUCUGUCCACAUCAGUGUUCUCAGCAGUAAACACAUGGAGCACUUUUAAACAAAUGUUAUUGUAAAGAAAAGAAUUAAAGAGUUAAAAAUUGAGAUUAUUGAGGUGAUUGUAUGGGUUUUGGCCAGAUUUGAUAGCAAUAAAUGAACAAAGAAAAAUGAAGACCUGAUUAAAAAAGAUUUAAGACCUAUAACACAAUAUUUCAGUAAACUUAAGACUUUUUAACGCCUGAAACUUGGAUUUUAAGAUUUUAAACUUUUUAAGACCCUGUUGCAAAAAAAAAACAUUUUUAAUUUAAUUAACACGAUGUAACUACCAACUGAUACAAGCGCUCAAAAUGAUGCAUAACUGCUGCAUUAUUCCUGAUGUGUGGAAAAUGAUGAACAAUAUUACACGUUUAGAUGAAAGUUUCAGGAUAGAUCAAAUGACAUCAGUUACCACAGAAGAUGACCAAUAGAGUUCAUCCUUUAUAUUCUGUGUACCACUUUUACAGACAAUGUUUUCAUAUUUGACAUUACUGUAAAACUCCACUGUGGUGUGGAGGAGAACCUGUGGCUAAAACCACAACACCAGACUGAUGCAAACACAGCUCAAAUAGAAAUCUGAUAUAGGGCAAUACAUGUACAUUACAUAUGUGACACUAGAUCAUAUGAAUUUCACACAUAAAAUGUCACACUUUAAUGGUUUUUUCAACCAUUAGAAUUACAAAUAUGUACAUAUGUUAUGUGAAUAUUUGACCUAUUAUAUGUUUUAUCUGCAAAUAUAUUACCUAUAAUAUAUAGGUGUCCAUAUAUGCAUGUGUCCAUUUGUAGGUGUAUAAACCAUAAUGAAACCUGUCUCAUAUAUUUUAAGCAGUAAUAUUGAAUGACUAUUGAAAUGGUGUGUAUCUUGUGUGCUGGUGAUCUAAAGUAAUGUUCCUGUGGUAUUUGUUUGAUAAAAGGAUUACUUGAACCACUGAUCCUGCAAAUCUUUAAGACUUCUGCAAGGAAAUGAACGCAGUGUGUAGAGUUAUGAACACUGGAGAGUCUGUGUUAAAAGGACUAAGCCCAAAAGAAAAUGAAUGAAUGAAUGUUUUGCCACAAAUUUCAGAACCCUGAUGUCAAUUUUCAAAACUCUAAACAAUCAUGACUUUUAUCAAUCUGGGGUUGCCACAGCAGAAUGAACCUCCAAUUUAUCCAGCACAUGUUUUACGCAGCGGAUGCCCUUUCAGCUGCAACCCAUCACUGGGAAACUCAUUCACACACACACACACACACAUACUACAGACAAUUUUGGCUUACCCAAUUCACCUAUACCACAUGUGUUUGGACUUGUGGGGGAAACCGGAGCACCUGGAGGAAACCCACGCCAACAUGGGGAGAACAUGCAAACUCCACACAGAAAUGCCAACUGACCCAGCCGGGACUCGAACCAGCAAUCUUCUUUUUGUGAGGCAACAGCACAACCUACUGCGUCGCAGUGU